AUGCGCACACACACUGAAUUUUUUUUUUUUUUUUUUUUUUUUUUGGUUGUUGUGUGGUUUGUUUGUUUUUUUGGGAGGGGGUUUUUUGGGAAACAUGCUUGUUUGGUCAUCCAUGUUAUUAUUCAUUCUCAACCUACUUUGAGAUUUCUGUUUUUAUCAAGCAUAAUUGUUUUCUUCUUUCAGGGUAAAAUCUUUGGAGCACCUAUUCUUUCCUUACCACAGUUGUUUAUUCCAGAGUAUGGGAGCAUUCCAACGUUCCUUGUUGAUGUGUGUAAGUACUUGGAGAGCCAUGCUCACACUGAAGGGCUUUUUAGGAAGUCUGGAUCUGUUGUGCGGCAGAAACUGCUAAAGGCUAAGCUUGAUGGAGGUGAUAGUGACCUCAUGGAUGCUCUUCCCUGUGAUGUGGCUGGUAUUCUCAAGCAGUUUUUCCGAGAGUUACCAGAACCCAUACUUCCUGCAGAUCUCCAGGAUGUGCUGUGCAAGGCCCAGCAAUUGAGCCAUGAUGAGAAGACCUCUGCAACCAUUCUGAUAUCUUGCCUAAUGCAUGAAAGGGCAGUUUCUAUCCUGCGUUACUUUUUUAACUUUCUGCAGAAUGUCUCUAUGAGGUCUGACACCAACAGAAUGAACAGCAGUAACCUGGCUGUGAUAUUUGCUCCUAACCUUCUACAGACAGGGGACAGUGAAAAGAUUUCUUCAAGCACAGAAAAGAAGCUGCGUGUUCAGGCAGCAAUAGUGCAAACACUGAUAGACCAGGCAUCUGAUAUAGGUGAGAUCUAA